AUUUAGAUCUGUAUAUCAACAAUAAUUUCCUGUCUGAAACUCGUUGCUCUCCACCGUGUCUUAUUGCUGUGCGAUAAGAUUUUCUUUCUGGUCAAGAAAUUAUAGUAAAAUGUUUUUUAAAUAUGUAUAAUGUAUAGCAAUUAUGUAAUUUAUAAAUUUUUUGCAAUAGCCACGCUUUUCAACCAACCUCUCUCUGACCCGCCCAUUCGCGUCUGCUUUCUCAGCCAGGUCAGGUGUUCGUCGUGCCGUUACGUUAGCUUUGUUUUUUUUUGGUAGAUCAACAAAGGGUUUGUGCCUGGACAAAGAGUCGUGACCAUGCUCCGACGGAUACUUCAGAUGACUCCUGGAAAGGGGGGCUCCCAGAAUGCAGAGUCAGAGCAGCCCAGCACCGAUCUCAACCAUGAUCAGACAUCCGAGGGCUUCAUCUGUCCUCAAUGCAUGAAGUCUCAUAACUCUGCAGAGGAGCUGUUCAAGCACUAUGAGCUGUUCCAUGACACUGGAGACCUUCCAGCUCACAUGGCACCCACUAGGGAAGACCUUACUAUGCUUAGGCAAGAAGUUCAGGACCUACAUGCUUCUCUCAAGGAGGAGAGGUGGUUCUCUGGAGAGCUCAAGAAGGAGUUAGACAAGGUCCAAGGGCAUCUGAAGCAAAAUGAUGGACAGAUGAGCUCAGAGGAUUCAGCUCUUGAAAGAAAGUUAAAUGAAUCCGAGACAGAAAAGUUUAACAUAAAGCAAAUGAAAGACCUGUUUGAGCAGAAGGCUGCCCAGCUGGCUACAGAGAUAGUAGAUUUAAAGUCACGAUAUGAUGAAGAAAAAAGCUUAAGGGAGGCGGCUGACCAGAGGCUGACCAAAAUGACUGAGCAACUACAAACAGAGAAGCAAGAAAACGAGAAACUACAGACAGAACUGCUGCAGCGACCAGGAUUGGAGGAUGUGGAGGUGCUGAAGAAGGAGUUAGUGCAGGUUCAGACGUUGAUGGAUUCAAUGACGCGUGAGAGGGAAGAGGAGUCUGAACGUCUCAAGAGUUAUUAUGAGCAGUUGCAGGCAAAUUACACAACAUCAGAGAUGACCAUAUCACAGCUUAAAGCAGAGUUGGAGAAGGGUCCACAGGAAGCAGCUGUCUACACACAAGAGAUCCACCAGCUUCAGAGCAACGUGAACAACCUGCAGCAGCAAAUUCCGAAACUAUCUGAGAAGUUGGCGUCUAAGGAGAAGGUGGUUCAAGAACUGGAGCGGACCUUGAUGGCUGAGAAAGCUGCCAAGAAGGAAGUCCAAGACAGCUUAAAGGAGAGAGAGAUGGAUGUCCAGGAGCUCCAGGCUCGAAUCUCAGGAUCUGAGGCCUCGUUGCAAAAAACCACAACAGAGCUCGGGGAGAGGAAUGAGGAGGUGGCAAAACUGAAGAGUGAGAUCAAUGAACUGGAGGUGAAACAUGCAGAGUUGAAGGUCGAGAGGAAACAACUGGAACAGCAAAGAGAAGAGAAAGAGAGCAAGGGUGCUCAGCAGCAGACUGAGAUCAGUCAGCUUCAUGCAAAACUACUGGAGGCAGAGAGACAGCUUGGAGAACUGCAAGGGCGCCUGAAAGAGCAGAGGCAACUUUCUGGAGAAAAGCUGAAAGACCGUGAGCAGCAGGUUGCUGAAGUGCAGCUCAAACUGUCCCGCGCAGAAGAACAGCUGAAGGAGGGCACCAGUGAGAACACAGACCUGCAGCACCAGCUGGAAAAAGCAAAGCAACAGCAUCAGGAACUCCUGGCUUUGCAGCAGAACACCAAUGGCAAACUCCGCGAGGCACAGAAUGACCUGGAGCAGGUGCUCCGUCAGAUUGGUGAUAAAGACCAGAAAAUCCAGAACCUGGAGGCACUGCUGCAGAAGAGCAAAGACAUUGUGACCCAACUGGAGGCAGAGAGAGAAGACUUGUGUGCCAAGAUCCAGGCGGGUGAGGGGGAGACAGCUGUGCUUAACCAGCUCAAAGAGAAGAACCAUGCACUGCAAGAACAGGUGAUGCAGUUGACCGACAAAUUGAAGAACCAGUCAGAAAGCAACAAACAAGCUCAGGAUAACCUGCACGAGCAGAUGCAGGAGCAGAAGACACUGCUGCGUUCAGCCCAGGACCGAGCCCACACUCUGGAGACUUCAGUGGCUGAACUCACCACCCAGCUGGCAGACAGCAAAGAGAAGCUCGCCCAGGUGGACACUCAGCUGAAAGCCAAGACAGAGAUGCUGCUGUCUGCAGAGGCCGCCAAGGCUGCACUGAAGGCCAACCUGGAGAACAGUCUGGAGACCGCUCAGCACGCACUGCAAGACAAGCAACAGGAGCUAAUUAAAGUUCAGAAGAAAGAGGAGGAGCACGUUCUGAGACUCAAGGAGAGACAGGAGCAGUGCACACACCUGGAGUCCAGUCUGAAGGAAUACAAAGACAAACUGCUGGCCUCAGAGCAGCGUGUGGAGCAGUUUGAGGGUGUUAACAAGAAAUUGGAGUCACAGGUCGGGGAGUUGCAGGCCUCACGUGAUCAGGCACAGCAAGAAGUACAAAAGCUCCAUAAGGAAGGGUCAGAGGUUAAAAGGAAAGCCAAGGAGCUGCAUCGUUCACUGGAAACAGAGAAAACAGGAGCUGCAAAACUACAGGAUGAGUUAACGAAGAAGACAACAGCGUUGGGUGAGACUCAGCAGCGACUGGAGCGCUGUGAGCAAGAAAAAGCUGCCCUAAAGGAGAACCUGGACAAGAUGACUGAAGAAGGGAAGAGUCUGGCAGCAGAUUUACAAAAGGUCAAACAGGAGAAAGAGAACCAGAGGAAGGAGCUCGUCUCCACUCAGGAGAGCCUAGGACAAACCAACAAAGCUCUGAAAGAGAGUCGACGUGAACUGGACACAGAGAGGAAGAGUCAUAAAUUAGCUAUUGAGGAAAGGGAAAAGUCCAAUGAGAAGACUAGACAGGAGCUCCUGAAGAAUAAUGAGACCAUCGCCAAGACAAUGAACGAAUCACAGCAUCAGGUGGAGCAGCUGAAGGAGGUGGAGAAGAAUCUGAAAGGGCAGCUUCGCUCAUUAGAGCAGCAGCAGGGAAAAUCUCAGGAGACACUAAAGAAAAAAGAGAAAGAGCUGGAGAAGCUGCAGGCACAGCUGAAGACAGCUCAGGGGUCCUACGAAGAAGAGAAGAUAAAGCUGAAGAGCCAGGUGUCAGAGCUACAAGAAGUCAGUGUCAAGAAGGCAGAGGAGGAGAGUAAACUGAAGGCCCAGAUGUCUUCAAUGAGCCAGGAGCUGAACUCUGAAAAAGGCCAGGUGAUGGAGCUUCAGAAAUCCUUGGCACAAACCCAGGAGAGUCUCAGUAAACUUCAGUCUGACUUCUACGGCAAAGAGUCUGAAGUCUCUGCUCUGCGCCAAGACCUCAAGGCGUCAGAAGAGAAGCUGAGUCUGGUUCAGGAGGAACUGGCUGCAAACCAAAAUCAUCAAGUAGGUUUGGAGUCUCAGAUCCAGCAACUGAAGACGAGCUGCAACACACUGGAUCAGGAGCUGAGCAAACUGAGGCAGACGCACCAACAGCAGGAAGAAAGACUGAAGGAGCUACAGAAGCAGAAGAAUGAUAUAAAGGAGCAACUGGACAAAGAGAAGAGUAAAGUGGAGGAAUUGAACACGACUAAAUCUGCCCUGGAAAAGAAAAACGCCAAAAUAACGUCCGACUUAAAGGCACUAACUGAAAAGAGUGAUAAGGAGCUGGAUGAGCUGCGAGAAACCAAACAGCUGUUGAUCCAGCAGAAGCUGGAGCUGCAGGGUCAGGUAGAGGCUGCACAGGUUGCACUGGAGCAAGAGCAGAAAGAGCACCAGACCACCAGGGAGAGCAGGAGCCAAAGGGAGGAUCAGCUCCUGGCCCAAAACAAGAAAGUCCAGGAUCAGCUGGCGGCUGAGAAGCGAGUCAUGGAGGAGAAGGUGAAGCUCAAGGAGGAGGCUGAAGCUAAGUUGGGGAUGCAGGUGAUGGCGCUGAAUGAAAAUGUGGCCACGCUAAAAAGAGAGUUGCAAGGAAGCCAGAGGAGAGUUGGUGAACUGGAAAAACAGUCAGAUGAGCUGAGGGGAGAGAUCGCAGUGUUGGAAGCCACGGUCCAGAACAACCAGGACGAGAGACGCGCUCUUCUGGAGAGGUGUGUCAAAGGUGAAGGGGAGAUAGAAAAGCUGCAGUCCAAGGUGGUGGAGCUGAGGAGGAAACUGGACGAUACAACAGCAGCCAUGCAGGAGCUGGGCAGGGAAAACCAGUCUCUCCAGAUUAAGCAGUCACAGAAUCUGACCAGGAAGUGGGCCGAAGAUCACGAAGUACAGAACUGCAUGGCGUGUGGGAAAGGUUUUACUGUCACUGUCAGAAAGCACCACUGCAGACACUGUGGAAACAUCUUCUGCGCCGAGUGUUCGUCCAAGAACGCCCUGACGCCGUACUCCAAAAAGCCAGUACGAGUGUGUGAGAUAUGCUUCGAAGAGCUCCAAGGAUGAUUUCCUCACCCCAGCGUCCCCUCCCCUGCCCUGCCUUAGCCUCCCCUCCACUUCUCUUUCUCUUCCCUCUCCCUCUCCCACUCCAGCAGGCAGGAAGCCCCUUGUCGUAUUUAAUGUGCACUAUCCAGGACAGACUUCUUUCUGCACGUGACCAUCAGAAGUCACUGAUGUGAUGCAGAGCCCUGUGACAUGAUGAGGCGGAGUUGGCCGGGAAUGUCUUUAUCUGUUUUUGUGCCUUUGCUACUUCUGUGGACCGCUGGAGAGCAGAGAGACAGGUCCACAGCCGUCCUGCUCUGUGUCCACGCUCACAUCUGCUAUCACUGUCCUCAUCAAACCAGUGUGUGUGUGGUAGAACCGUAUGUCUUUAGGCGGUGCGAGGUUGGACUGUCAGAGCGAAGUAGGGGGGAGAGAGAGGGGGUGACGUGGGAGUAACCAGGAAAAUGACUGCUUCCCUCUUUUUUUAACAUAUCUGUAACUAAAAUGUAACUAUUUUUCUUUUCUCUGCGAACAGAGCGUAUUCGUCGAAUCGAUUAAGAAAACGCAUCAACAUGAACGGCAAGAGUGAGAUAGUUUUAAAGUAUUUUUGUAAAUUAUUUACUUACGCUAACGUACUCCCAUCUGCUGUGUGUGUGUGACGUUUGGCUUUUGAAUGCAUUUGUGUCUGUAAAAACUGAUAUCUGGUCUUUUUAAGUGUAAAUACACCAAAGGUCUACCACAACCUUCAGUUUUAAUUUAAUAUUUUAAACAACAGAAAUAGUCACGAAGGUUAAUAUCAAGGAUCAUGUACAGAACAGUAUUCCACAGCAGUGGGGGUUGAAAACACCUUCGACCUUAAAAGCACGUAAAAGACGUCACCUGUCAGUGUUUGUCUUCAAUUUUUCCAUCGCUUCCUUCGUGUUUCCUUCGGGGGGCAGCGUGAGUCUGAUUCAAUUGGUUCUGCUUUUUUAUGGCCAAAGAAUGUCUGAGCGGUAUUCCAGACACGAUGAAAGAGUUUGCUUUUCACAGCUCAGUAUUUUGUCUCUUUGAGUUUUAAAUUACAGCAACAGUUUAUCAAGACCGUGAUGAUUUGACAAAUCUCCUUUAAACUUUUUCUUUUUAAUAAUUGUGCUGACUUUGUGGAUUGUUGACACAGUCAAUGAAAUGUUUUUGUGUGUGUGGGGGGGGGGUAAUUUUUUUUCCUGCUGCUUCUUCUCAUCCACACAAAUCAUUGACUACUGCUCAAACUGUGUGUGUGUGUGUGUGAGGAAGAGAAAAGGGAAAGAACGAGAGCUGUCACUGUGAUGGCUGUGUCCCAGUUGGCUUGCAGCACCCUCAGCGUCCUACCACAGGUAAUCUCAGACACUCGAUCUUUGGUCAGUGCCACUGACUCAGCACCUGUUCCCACCUUCUCCUGGUUUGAUAGUCAACAAGACUAAUGCUACUAAAGCAGUGGUGACUGUUUCAAUAAAACUUUGAACAGCUGACAAUAAAUACUUCAACUCAUAAAUGCGACUGACAGACCUGGCUGCUGCUGCUGCUGGUUUUGUUUUUUCCACUUUGUCUCCACCUCUGGUGGAUUCUGGGACAUGUUCAGUUGAGUUUACCUUGUGGACACUGACUUCAUUCAUUGGUGACCACCCAGUUUGGGUGUAGUUUUCUGCUAUUGUAACUGUUGGAGAUUGUUGGAGGCUCGGGUGUUUGAGGCAUAGUAGGAUUCAGUGGUGUUGCAUUCAGGUGCAGCUGUCACUGCAACCUAAUUGCUUCUCAUUUGUAUUUUAUGACACACAUGUUGGUGUGAUCUUUAGUGCAAUUGCUCCAACUCUGGCAGAAAGAGAUGACAUAACACUGAAAGCUGUAACCGCAGAUCUGACAUGGUGACAAGCGGUCAGGCUCGUCCAAAUUAGCCCUUUACGCUUUUCCACGUCUGCUACAAACUGUCAAACGGCUGUUUUCCUUUCAACGUUUCAUCAGUUUUGUUCUGUCUACCUCAGAUUGGAAACGGGAAAAGCACUCUUUCUGAACCUUAGACACCACCUGUAUUGUAUAAACGGCCUACAUUUCACUCACAGUUGAAGUUGACUAUUACCCACAUCUGUGGAGAUGAUUUGCACCUUAACUCUAAUCUUGGCGUCUCUGUCAGAACUCAAACCACGGCUGUAGAACCACCGGUUCUAUUCAGCCUUUCCAGUUUCAUGUACUCAUGUCAAAAUGCUUCUUGAUUUAAAAA